AUGGACACCUCGACCCGCAAUCUCGUCCUCUAUUGCAGCUGCGGCGUCGCAUUAGGGGUGGCUGCAACAUUGGCAACACAAUCCUUCCUCUCCCCGCCUCCUCCCGCACCUAGUCGGCGCCGCCGCAGCUCCAUCUUCCGUCCCGCCUUCCUGACCAUCGAUGAGGAAGCCCCUCCUCGCGAGCAAAUCGCGCGCGGCCUCGAAGACUGCAUCGGCAACACCCCGCUAAUCCACCUAAAAUCCCUUAGUGAAGCCACCGGCUGCGAGAUCCUCGGCAAGGCUGAGUUCCUAUCCCCCGGCGGCUCGAUAAAAGACCGGGUGGCGCUCUCGCUCCUCAAAACCGCCGAAGCCGCACACCUCCUGACCCCGCACUCAGGGGACGCCGUGUACGAGGGCACCGUUGGGUCAACCGGGCUCUCGCUCGCGACACUCUGCCGUGCGCGCGGGUACCUCGCGCACAUCGUGAUGCCCAGCGACCAAUCCCCGGAGAAAUCCAGUCUGCUGCUCAAGCUCGGCGCGGCCGUAACGCGGGUGCCCCCCGCCCCCAUCGUUGAUCCCAACCAGUUCGUCAACCGGGCGCGCACGCUCGCGCGGACGCACACAGAGGGGGAGAUGGAGGGGCGCGGGUACUUCGCCGACCAGUUCGAGAACGACGCGAACUGGCGCGCACAUUACGACUCCACCGCGCCCGAGAUCUGGCGGCAGUGUGGGGGAAAGCUGGAUGCGUUUGUGGCCGGCGCGGGAACCGGUGGCACCAUUAGUGGGUGUGCGAAGUUUUUGAAACCGAGGUUGCCACGGUUGAGGGUCGUCCUCGCUGAUCCCCCCGGGAGCGGGCUGUAUAACCGUGUCAAGUACGGGGUUAUGUUUGAUGUGCGCGAACGGGAGGGGACGAGGAGGAGGCACCAGGUGGAUACUAUCGUCGAGGGGAUUGGCAUUAACCGCGUGACGCAUAAUUUUGAGGUUGGGAGGGAGAUGGUGGAUGAUGCUGUUAGAGUGUCGGACGAGGAGGCUAUGGCGAUGGCGAGAUACUUGGUUGAGAAGGAGGGGAUCUUUAUCGGCUCCUCAAGUGCGGUUAAUUGUGUGGCUGCCGUGAGGACGGCGAUCAAGAUGGGGCCGGGUCAUAGGAUUGUCACUAUCUUGUGUGAUUCGGGCGCGAGACAUCUUUCAAAGUUCUGGGCGCAGGCGGGAAAUGUCGGCGCUGCAUGGGAUAUGACCUUGGAGGAUGUUCUAGAGGCAGAUACGAGGAAGAAGGGGACACAUGGGGAUGUGGUGGUCGAAGAGGCGGCAGGGUUGGGUCCGUAG